AUGGUACUGGGUAUUUUGACUGCCAUCGCCGCGUGUCCUGCCAUCAUUGGAACUACAGAGGCAGUGCGUCAGGGCCAAAGACAGAACGCUCGGGAAAAACACCGAGGAUUGAAGACAAAUCUCGCCGUGGCAUGUUCGCGCGCUACAAAAGCUGGCCGUGAGAUUGAUGGAUGCGAGAUGGUGCUCAGCGAAAAUAAGUUAUAUCUCAACGUACCAUCUGAGGAGUUCCCAGACGGCCAUGUGGAGGACCACCCUUUCGCAGGCUACUUCCUGCCUUAUCCUGAUCAUAAUUGGGGACGACAGGGCGAGGGCAUGGUAUCCACGAUAUCAAAUGACCCGCCUCAACUGAAUUGGAUAUACGUGGAUCGCGAUACCUGCGAGGUCAAAUAUGGCAACCGGGUUGAAUCUGAGGAUCACAUCAUCGGACCCUGGGACGUGACCAAGAUGGACCGAAGAGUUAUAUUGAUGGGUUGGGAAGGGUUCACGGCGGUUGAAUACGGACCGGGAGAAUGGGCAUUGUACUUUGAUCUAGACGACAACGGAUUGCAGGGAGUGGUUCCCGACGAUAUGACGAGAGUGGAGAUCGAGUUGGUUCGCAGGGAGAGGAGGCAGGAAAGGACGUCGAAUGAGCCAGCAGAGGGAGCCGGAGUCGAUACCGACACUAAAGCUGAUUCCCCAGAAAACGAUGACGAUGCUUGA